UAACCAAUUUCUGAAUUAAAUAUUGUCUUGAUUCACAUUCAGACUUCUCAUUGACUUAUUCCUUACACCAGCCUGGGUCCCCAUUAGGGAAAGCCAUACAGCAAAGUGCACAAAAAUUGUGACGUAUGGGAAAAGGCAAGUAUCCCAGCCACUCUCUUUUUGCUGCUUGAAACAAAACAUAAGAGAGAUAAAACCACAUGAACUUAAUGACCUUUGUGCCAUGACAGUUUCUGUAAUUAUUGAGUAGCAGGGAUGGGCCAAGAGCUAAGAGGAUUUGGGGGGUUGGUCUACACAGGGAGAUAAGGUUACAUAUAAGGCAGCUGUAGCAGAUUUGGGUUAACUAACAGAGUUGUUGGGUUUUUUUUUCCCCAGAGCACAGCUAAGUGAGUUUGGACCCUGGAACCAUGAGUGGGUGCCCCUUUGUGGGGAACAAAUACCUAUAUAAAUUUAGCAAGCUAUCUUUGAAGGAUGAAAAAGAUGACAAAUCACAAGAGGGAAUAAAUAAAGCCAGCAAAGGUGGGCUUAUCUAUGGAGAUUACCUGCAAUUGAACAAAAUACUGAAUGCCCAAGAGCUACAGAGUGAAAAGAAAGGAAACAAAAUCCAUGAUGAGCAUCUUUUUAUUGUGACACAUCAAGCUUAUGAACUUUGGUUUAAGCAGAUUCUGUGGGAGUUGGAUUCUGUUCGGGUUAUCUUUCAGAACGGACAUGUAAGAGAUGAAAGGAACAUGCUGAAGGUUAUUACUCGAAUUAACAGAAUUUCAAUGAUUCUGAAAUUACUUGUGGAACAGUUCUCAGUUUUGGAAACCAUGACUGCAUUGGACUUCUUUGAUUUCAGAGACUACUUAAGCCCAGCCUCAGGUUUCCAGAGCCUGCAAUUUCGUUUGCUAGAAAACAAGAUCGGUGUUCCCCAAAGCCUGAGGGUCCCCUAUAACAGAAGGCAUUAUCGUGAUAACUUCAAGGGAGAGGAUUAUGAACUCCUGCUGAAAUCGGAGCAAGAACCAACGCUUCUGCAACUUGUGGAGGCAUGGCUGGAAAGAACUCCAGGCCUUGAGGCAGAAGGAUUUGAUUUCUGGGGCCAAUUUGAAGUGAAUAUUUUAAAAGGACUAGAAGAGGAAUUUGCCAUACUACAGGCCAAACCAGAAUCAGAAGAAAAAGAGGACUUGUUAUCUGAAUUCCAAAAGCAGAAAGAUAUAUUACUUUCAUUAUUUGAUGAAAAACGACAUGAACACCUGCUUAGUAAAGGAGAAAGAAGACUGUCUUAUAAAGCACUGAAGGGAGCUCUAAUGAUCUAUUUCUACAGAGAGGAGCCCCGUUUUCAGGUUCCCUUUCAGCUUCUUACCUCUCUUAUGGAUAUUGACGUACUCAUGACAAAAUGGAGAUAUAACCAUGUCUGCAUGGUGCAUAGAAUGAUUGGCAGUAAGGCUGGCACAGGAGGUUCAUCAGGCUACCAGUACUUGCGCUCAACGGUGAGUGACAGGUACAAGGUGUUCGUGGAUUUGUUCAACCUUUCAACAUUUCUAGUGCCAAGACACUGGAUACCAAAGAUGAAUCCAACUAUUCAUAAAUUCCUUUAUACAGCAGAAUACUGUGACAGCUCCUAUUUUAGCAGUGAUGACUCUGACUGAAGUAUCAUUCUAGACUGGUUGCUGCAAAGAACUUCAGAACUUUCACCCUGAGUGGUACUAUUCCUGACCUAUAGCAACUGUCCUCAUCAGCAUGGGUGUGUAAAUAUUUAUUUAUGUAUGACAGAACUAGGUAAAUAUUCCACUUCACUUAUAGGAGAAAUUUAAUUGUUUAUAAAAAAAGUAAUCUUGCAUUGAUUCAUGCUCUAUUAAAGAAAAAAAAAAUCUGAUUCAAAUUAAUAGUUAGCUAAUCUUGAGUGUUUGUUUCUGAAAAUCUAUACUUAGAGACAGGGAAAAACUAUACGGAUUAUUAUCAUCAUGUCUUAUAUGUACAUAUAUUUCUAUUUGUCAGUUUAUGUAAUUACCUGAUGUUAAUUAUUGAGUUGAAGAUGUAAAUUCUCAUCAGCAGUACAGUUCCAAAAGGAAUUUCAGUUUAAGAUCUUCAAAGGCUGGAUUUUGAACAAAUAUUGGAUCCCGAAUCUGUGGAAACCCAAGUCUCUGGAAUUUUCUUACACAAGAAUAUAAAGGCCUGUAUUAGAAAUACUUACUGUUAGGAAUAGCAGAGAUGAAUGCCUACUUCACACUUCAAAUAAAGCAGCAUUCUAGUUCUUCUUUCGUUGUCUUCUAAAGCAAGCGUAACAUUCACACAACAAUGUGACAGCUGUUUAAAAUGUUUUUUAAUCAAGAUAUCAUUGAAACAAGGAUAAAAUUGUUACAUCAUAAAAGUGAGGUGACUUUGAUCACCAAGUAGAUAAGGCUGUAUCAUCUUCUCAUUAGAUGGACUGUUGCUAAAUGCUUCUCUAGAAAAUACAUUUGCUGCAGGCUUCAAUUUUUGGUGAGUUGUUCUGUAUCUGUGUACUCCAAUUAAUCUUGGUUGUAUCACUUCAGAAGCAUAGCUGGAACUUCAAUGUUUGAUACUUCUAUAAAAACACAUUACUUCUAUGCCAAUUUAGAAGUUUAGCUGUUCUUAUCCCAUCAGGGAAGUGUGCUAUCUGUUGUCUGUAAUCUGCUAAGGGUAUGGCUGUACUACACAAAAUGUUUCCCUUUUAUUAUUCUCAAGUUUGAGCCUGUUAGAGAGAGGAAUAGCACCUAACAUUUAGCACCUAAGUCUUUUUUCCCCCCACUUAAAAUACUGACUCUUAAAAACAGAAGGCCUAAGGUGACAGUACAAGAGAGAGUGAUGAACAUUCAUGGCAUCUGUUGUAAAAACAUUACACUGAUCAUUAGGAGGGUACAGCAUGUACCAAAAAUAUAGAACUGCUUCAAUACUUUUCAUAAUACUCCUCAAUAAAGGACACUGAUAAAGCA